AUGGUUAUGAGUGAGGGAGCUAUGUGGAAGAAGCAUAGGCGGAUAGUAUCACGCCCGUUCAAUGAGCAGAACUUGGACAGACUCGUACCUAUGAUUAUAAGUCUUGGUGAAGAUUUGGUUGGUAAAUUGAAACAGGAGGCCGACAGCCAAGGGGUGGUAAUGUGGAGGCCAGUAGAGGACGUGCACCUGCUUGGUAAGAGAGUAGCCGCUGCUGUCUAUAUGGGCGAGACAAAUCCCCUGAACUCGAAAUAUGCACUAUUCUCACCGCAUAUUCAAGCAGAGGUCAGAGAAUACAUCAUGGAUAGAUUCGCUAUAAGUCUGAAACCAACGCGAAUUUUCUAUUACGACCGGCUGUUAUAUCGACUGCUAUUCCCAGGGGUUAGAGAGUUCUACCGCAAGUGGAGAAGUAUGAACGCUAAACUCGUGGAGGACAUUCGUCUGAGCCAGGAGGCGCCACGAAGGAGUCUUGCUUUGCCUCACAACCCUUCCCCACCAGUGAUGCUACUUAGCGCCUUAGUUGACUGCAAGGUGGCGGGGAAAUCUAUCAAGGCAGGAACCAAGCUAAUGUUCCCGGUCAAACAGAUUUUGAAGAAAUCAUAUGUAGACGGCGACGAGUUCAGACCCGAACGUUGGUUGGUCCCCGACGGUCAUUCCAUAGACGAGAGACAGCGUGACGAAUUUUUGGGCUUUGGUUUCGGACCACGACGCUGUCCCGGUCAGCUUCUUGCUGUUAAAGAGGUUAUUAUUAUCAUUGCAAUUUUACUUCGUAGUUCUCAUAAGUUCUAUGGGGAUGCAGAAACCCACUCACCUAAAUUCUCUUCACGGCUCACGAUGUGUCCUCAAGACUCCCCUGUGAGAUUGCACUGCCGGACCGUGUAG